UGAGCGAAACGGGAUCUAACUAUUUUUGACCAUAUUUAUUGGUUUAUUUUAGAUCCAUUAGUCGUGUGUACCCCAGUAGUGUGAUAAAUUCGCCUUUAAACUUUGCCUUGCGGAAGGGAUGAAGAAGAAGAAACAACAACUGCCUGUCCCCCAAUCUUGUGAAGGUAGCACGGAUAACUAUGUGCAAUAUAUUCCUGGAACUCUGAAUUUAAUACUCACAGCUCCCCAUGGAGGGCAUCUGAAGCCAAAGUACAUCCCCAACCGUUGUGAGAAGAGGUGGAAAGAUUGUGAAUGCAUGUACAGGUCUUGUGAAAACCCAGAUCUUAGUAUUAGUGUUCACAAUGACCGAAAAACACAGGAGCUCACUCUUAGUCUUGCGGAGGAGUUAGGAAAACUUACAGGUGGCAGACCUCAUGUUGUCAUAAAUCAUCUCCACAGAAAAAAGAUGGACGGCAAUAGAGGCGAGUGUAUUGGUUCUUUUCAUGUACCAGCAUCAUUGAGAGCCCACAGACAGUACCAUAGUACAAUACAGAAAGCCAAACAGAGUAUCCGUGGUGCAGGGCUGCUCAUAGAUAUCCAUGGCCAGGCCCAUCCAGAGAGACUCAUAGAACUUGGGUAUUGUAUUUCUAAAGCUAAACUCAAUGCAAGAGAGCUUUACCAUGAACAUACGUCAAUCAGAUCUCUCUUUGAAAGGAAGAAGGACAAAGUACAUUCGUUCUCCAACUUGAUCAAUGGAGAAGCAAGCUUCGGAGCAUUCCUGGAACAAAUGGGUUACCCCGCUGUGCCAUCAAAUCUGCACCCAUCACCAGAGGAGGCCCCAUACUACCCUGGGGGCUUCACUGUACAGACCCAUGGUUCCAAAAGUGGAGGUCUGAUUGAUGCUAUACAAGUGGAGUGCCCGGCUUAUCUUCGUGAAGAUGAAAAAAGGGCCGGAUUUGUUCAUGAUUUGGCAGUGGCCAUUAAGUCUUACCUAGAUGCCUACUAUAAUGACUGAUUUAUCUGGACAAAUGUUAUAAAUUUAUUUUCAGUUGUUUUUCUUAAAGUUACUAACAGCAUUGGCCCAGUUUGUCAGACAUUUUAAGGAUGAUGGGAGAUUUCUAUCUCUAACGGUGCUUUUUCUCUCAGUUGUUUUAAGUAUUUUUCAAGUAUUUUUUUUAUUUUGCACUCCCAAAUCUUGUUGAACUUCUGUAGACUGAAAUCGUAACAGCUGAGAUAUGAGGUAUUUCCCCCGUACUUGAAAUUACUUGAACACCCCUACAGAAUGAAAGCUGUGAACAAAUACAGGUUGUUUCUUUAUAAAUAUUUACUUUUUUGUUG